AUGACGCGCGCCCAGCAGACAGUCUCAAUUCUCCUUUUACUUUCUUCCUUAUAUCUCGCUCUCUACCUCGGCCUCAUCCCAAUCAAUGAAACAGUCCAAACUGAGAUUGUCCCUGUUCUCCCCUUCUACGCCCUCAUUGUCCUCGCAUGCUUCCUCGGUGCCCGACUCGGAUAUAUGAUUAUGACCUUCAACGACGUUCCCCACGAGUACGAGUCUCUACAAAAGGAGAUUGAGCAGGCAAAGAUUGAGUUGCGCAAGGCUAAUGUUGAUGUGGAUUAA